AUGUCUUCAUCAUCAAAUAUUACCAAUCAUAUUAAUGUUGCAGUUAUUGAAACUGAUUUUGAAACAAAUAUGAAACAUAACGAUGAUAUAUUCAAACAACGUACAAUUUCAAUAUGUGGUGAUGCUAUAAUAGGUGUUCGAUUGUCUCUUGCUGGUGUGCGUAUAAUUGAGGAUUUGUCUCCACGAAUUACAAUUACAUUUCAAAAUGUCUGUAAAAUAAUUGAUAUUCCUGGAAAGAUGAUGGAUCCUCCAUCAAAAGAAAAAAUAGUUCAACGAACUUUACUUGAUAAUGUAUCUGGUCAAGUUCAUCCGGGACAAUUAGUAGCACUUAUGGGUCCAUCUGGUUGUGGUAAAACAACUUUACUUAAUACAUUAGCUGGCCGUUCAUUAAAUGGUGUUACUGGUAAUAUUUGGCUUAAUCAUCAACGUUAUGAAAAAAGUAUGAAACGUAAAUUAGCUUAUGUAUUACAAGAAGAUAUUUUUUUUGAAAAUCUUACUGUUAAACAACAACUGACAUAUACAGCUUUACUUCGAUUACCAAAUAAUUUAACACGAAAAGAUAAACUUGCUCAAGUUGAACAAAUUAUUGAACAAUUACAUCUUCAAACUUGUGCAAAUACUCCAAUUCUACUUAUAUCUGGUGGGCAAAAACGACGUGUCAAUAUUGGCACAGAAUUAUUAACUAAUCCAAGUGUUAUUCUUCUUGAUGAACCAACAUCAGGUUUAGAUAGUACAUCAGCUGUUACUCUUAUGCGUGUUCUUCGUGAAUUAUCGAUAAAAGGUAAAACAAUUAUGAUGUCUAUUCAUCAACCAUCAUCACAAAUUUUUCAAUCGUUUGAUCAACUUAUUUUAUUAGCUGAAGCUAAAACUAUUUUUAUGGGUAAACCAUCGAAUGCUUUAGAUUAUUUUGCAACAUU